AUGCAUGCACAAGUAAACAAGGUAACGUGCGUGCGGAACGUAACUCUUACCUAUUUGGAUGUUAAGAUUGCUUGGGAAUGUUUCUCUUUGCAAUCUAAAUGGCUAUGGCGUGACGCGGAUCAAUUUCAAGCGCUACUUGAGGUUUCAUGCGGAGGCACCAUACAGAACAACUUGACAUACUUCCUGUCGCCUGGUUUCCCGGAACUGUGGACCGGCUCUCGGGAUUGCAAUAUCACUAUAGAGAAGACGCAUGCUGGGAUUACACAAUUGAAGAUUGAUUUCGUGCAUUUUACCAUUGGACAACCGAAUCGGACUACAGGAGAGUGCGACGAGGACGUCAUGACUUUGGGUGAUGGGGAUAGCAAAUUCUUAUUGUGCGGUCAGAACCACGGACAGCACAGUGAGUCCUUAUUUUUGUAUAUUAAUUGUCUAAUUUAUUUCGUAAUAAAAACUUAGACCCGUGAAAACAUUGCAGUUAGCAUUCAACUCUAUCGGAUGACAUUUCUUUAAUAACUCUCGAAGAUAUUUGUAAAUUAAGGUAAAAUUAAGGUCCAAUUAACGAUAUCGUUCAUUUAAUAUCUUUCAAACAAAAGUUGCGAUCGGAAUCGUUAUUUUGUCAUAUAGUUGUAGAGUGAAGUUUGUGAAUGUCUUUCAAAUUGAAAGGGAUUACAAUAGAUUUUAAAACUAGAUAAUUAUCCCCCUGGAUACAUUUACACAACAUAUUGUGUUGGUACGAGGGUCAAACUGAAAGUUCUUAGAAAAUCAAAAACUGAUUACAUUAGCCAGUUAUUAGUUUUAUUAUAUCUUUUCAAAAUAUUGUCCAUUCACGUCAAUACACCGCUGCAUGCGAUGGAACCACUGGGAAAAGCACUUUGCCCACUCGUCCUUAGGGGUCUCUUCAAUGGCAUCGCGAUACGCAGCCACCGCUUCUUCAGCAUUCAUAAACCGCUUUCCUUUAAGUUUUUCUUUAAUUUUUGGAAAUAAAUAAAAAUCACAAGGCGCGAGGUCGGGGCUAUACGGCGGGUGACCCAGUAAUUCAACGUUUGAUGUCGCCAAAUAGUCGAUCGUUCGCUUGGCGGUGUGCGACGAGGCGUUGUCGUGGUGAAGGAGGAUCCUACUGCGAGGUCGUUUCUCUCGAACUUUUUCCAAGACAAGUGGCAAACAAUUGGUAGUGUACCAUUCUGCAGAAACUGUUUUUUGAUCCUCUAACACAAUUGUUGCAAAAUGACCUAUCCUUCCAAAGAACGAGGCCACCAUUUUUUUUCCCGCACUUCGAUCUCUCUUCACUUUAGUUGGCAACUCCUCGAAAGGAAACACCCACUGAGCAGAUUGUCUUUUGGUUUUAGGAUCAUAACAGUAAAUCCAGCUUUCGUCACCUGUUAGUAUGUCGAACACAGCAUUUGAGUCACCUCCGUUAAAUCUUUCAAUCAUUUUACGACACCAAUCCACACGAUGGAGUUUUUGAGCCUCAGUCAAAUUAUGAGGUAUCCACCGGGCGCAAAGCUUCCUGACCGCUAAAUGUUCGUGGAGGAUUUUGUGCACUUGACUCAUACCGAUGCCUAAGCUUGUCAGAAUCUGUUUAGGUCACUCUUUUGUCAGUCUCUAUCAUACGCCGCACAACACAGAUGUUAUCUUCAGUCGUCGCCGUAGAAGGCCGUCCCUCACGUAAAUCAUCAGUGAGAUUAGUGCGACCACGUUUAAACUCAUUAAACCAGUUGUAAACAGUCGCACGAGAUGGGGCUUCAUCGUGAAAGGCCAAUCGUAGUCUAUCAUAACUUUCUUGUUGACUUAAAUGACAUCGAAAGUCAUAAAAAAUCAUUGCACGAAAAUUUUCUCGUGUUAAAUUCAUGAUGACGUGACACAGACAAUUUUCAAUUUGCCGCCAAAUCGUAAAACAAAUGACAAAUGAAUGAAAUAUAUACUCAGUAAUAUUGGCAAAUAGUUAUAUUUUCAAAUUUUAGAAUUAUUUUUUUAUUAUAUUGUUUAUAAGUGGCCAGUUCUAAGAACUUUCAGUUUGACCCUCGUAUAAACAAUUAGAGGUUCUUAUAAAAGUGAAUAUAAUUUAUUAAGUUACACAAUAGUACUGAAUCUCGAGAAGAAGACGAGCUGCCUAAUACGAAGAGUACCCACCUGUCUAUCCGCAUGAGGGGGAGUGAGAUGCCACGUUUGUGGCUUAUGAGGUUUGCUCAGAUGCCCCUUGCAUAUUCUGCGCCCCACGACUGCUUGCAAUACUAUACUGCUGAUAACGGUACGAUACAGACAUUCAAUUUUGCAAUCAACGGUCGGCAUUUAGCUGGACAGGAUUAUAAGGCGUGCGUACGCAAGAACACUGGGAAAUGUGGGGUCAGGUACUCGCCCUGUGAUAAUCGCUCCUUCAGGAUUGGACCUGGAAAAGGCACCCCUGAAAUUAUUGAUCCUGCUGAAAUAGAACCUGAUUCUGGCGUAUCUGGCGGCCCAGACACCGGUUCCUACGGACCCGAUGGUCAAAAUGACCCAUCAGCAAUUUCCACCACGCCGAGGGCCAACAUUACCGGUGAUCAACAGAUGGAGGAAUCUCAAAAUGGUUCACAUACAGAUUACCCCUUGUAUCCUGAAUGUUCUAUGCAACAAAUGCCAGUAAUGCCAGCGAACGAGAUUGAAGAAAUAGAAGGUUCAGGUGCUGAUCCUCAGAUGGCUUCAGUAGUGGAGGAUCCUGUUCGCUCACCAAGUCUGGCUGCAAGAAUCUGGAGUUUUAUCUGGCCGUCUUGGCUGUGGGGACAGCGGAGUAUGUCGUGGGGGUGGAGUAGGUGGUCGCCGUAUGCUCAGCACUACGUUAAGGAGGACGACAAACUGCGAUACUACGGGUACGGGAACUUCGGCGCCAGUCUACUGGGUUACGGCAGGAAGAGAUGCACAGACAGAAUCACAAUACCUUGCGAGAAUGAAUACUUUAUAUCGAGUACCUCCUACAUUCCAGGUGUGUGCGACCCUCAUCACUGCGGCAACACCUUCUGUCCUGGCGUUGGCAACAACGAUUGCAGAGUUGAGACAUCUAUUUCACCAUUCGCAGUGUCCGUGCACUUUGGAACGGCAACUUCCAAGAGGAAUCCCGAAGAAAAUAUUGGUGCAUGCUUAAGAUACACACAACUGCCAUGCGAUAUAUGA